AUGGAAGACCACGAUGCUAAUGUAGAACAAUGGAAAAUAAAAAGAUUAAUAAAGAAACUUGAGAAUGCAAAAGGAAAUGGAACCAGUAUGAUUAGUUUGAUAAUUAAAAACAAAGAUGAAGUUUCAAGAAUUAACAAAAUGCUUGCUGAUGAAUUGGGAACUGCUUCAAAUAUAAAAAGCAGAGUUAAUAGACUUAGUGUUUUGUCUGCCAUUACCUCAACACAGCAAAAGCUAAAGCUGUAUAACAAGACGCCCCCCAAAGGUCUAGUUGUUUAUUGUGGAACAGUGAUCACAGAAGAUGGAAAGGAAAAGAAAAUGUCCAUUGAUUUUGAACCAUUCAGGCCAAUAAAUACGAGUUUAUAUUUAUGUGACAAUAAGUUUCACGUAGAGGCAUUAAAAGAAUUAUUGGAAAGUGAUGACAAAUUUGGAUUUAUUAUAGUAGAUGGAAAUGGUGCAUUGUUUGGAACAAUACAAGGAAACACAAGAGAAGUGAUUAGAAGAUUUACCGUUGAUUUACCAAAAAAGCAUGGAAGAGGAGGACAGAGUGCUUUACGUUUUGCUCGUUUAAGAUUAGAAAAAAGACAUAACUAUGUAAGAAAAGUAGCUGAAGUUGCAACAUCUGUAUUUAUAACAAAUGACAAGGUGAAUGUAACAGGUAUCGUGUUAGCAGGUAGUGCUGAUUUUAAAAAUGAUUUAUUAAAUAGUGAUAUGUUUGAUCAGAGAUUAUUUGCAAAAGUUAUUAAGAUUGUUGAUAUAUCAUAUGGUGGAGAUAAUGGAUUUAACCAAGCUAUUGAAUUGAGUUCUGAAGCUUUACAGAAUGUGAAAUUUAUUCAAGAGAAAAAAUUAAUUGGUAAAUUUUUUGAAGAAAUAGCUCAAGAUACAGGUAAAGUUGUAUAUGGUAUAGAUGAUACUUUAAAGGCAUUAGAAAUUGGAGCAGUAGAAUUGUUAAUUUUAUAUGAAGGUUUAGAUAUUAUUAGAUUAACUACAAAAAACCCUGUAACCAAUCAAACCAAAACUAUGCAUAUUUCUCCAUGUGAUGAAAAACAAGAAUCAUUAUAUAAAGAAAAUAAUGUGGAAUUAGAAGUAGUAGAAAAAAUUUCGUUAACUGAUUGGGUUAUUGGUAAUUAUAAAAAAUAUGGAGCUUCUUUAGAUUUUGUAACAAACAAAUCACAAGAAGGUGCACAAUUUCAAAAAGGUUUUGGAGGUUUUGGUGGAAUGCUAAGGUAUAAAAUUGAUUUAAAUCUUUACGAUGAGGAUGUUGAAAGUGACGUAGAAUUAUUUUAA